GAAGUAUAAACUUUGCAAACUUAUAUUAUAUUCAAGAUUCAAGAUGAAGCUAAUAGUAUUCUUUGGUCUUUUAUUGUUGGUUGGUGUGUGCUAUGGUGUUCCUAACAAGCCAUCCUACCGGAACGAGCCUUGCUACAAGCCAUCGUACGACAAAGACAUCAAAGAAGUUAUAAAAACCAAAAGACCACAUGAAUACUUGGACAUGAGCAAACUUCCAGAAUCCUAUGACUGGAGAAACAUGAAUGGCGUCAACUUUGCUAGUACUACAAGAAAUCAGCACAUUCCUCAGUAUUGUGGUUCCUGCUGGGCUCAUGGGACAACCAAAACUGAUAAUAUUUACAUUAUUUCAAUGAUAUUAGGAAAGGUGGCAGGUCGKGAAAAGAUGAUGGCAGAAAUAUWUGCCCGUGGACCAAUUACAUGUGGAAUYAUGGCWACYUCACGCCUUGAAAAAUACACUGGAGGGGUUUACAAAGAGUACCAUCUYCUGUCAGARGAUAACCACACUAUUUCAGUUGUAGGCUGGGGAGUAGAGAAAGGAGUGGAAUACUGGAUUGUUAGGAACUCRUGGGGRGCUCCUUGGGGAGAAAAUGGUUACCUGAGAAUUGUAACAAGCAAAUAUAACAAUGGGGAGGGAAAUAGGUAUAACCUGGGCGUUGAGAGCGAUUGUAGCUUUGCAGUACCCAUUGUUUAAUUGAAUAGAAAUAUCAACCCAUAAUUUCUAUCAGGGGCGGCGGAGCCAAAAUUGACUUGGGGGGCACAAUCAUAGACUUAUAGUGAUGACGUCACAUCAACUUUUGUGAAUGCAAUUAACUAUGACAAAAAAAUGAAUUAUUGAAUGUUUCAAGCUGUUAUGUGGAGGAGCCAGGCCCUGCCCCAAAAAUKUUGUGGUGGGGCCACUGCCCCCUGGCUCUACUGCCCCUGUGGAUGAUGGGAAUGCUUGAUUAUACAUCAUUUAGUUUUUAGAAUUUUGAAACAAGAUGUAGAGUAGUUAAAACACGAGGUUAAAUGUAUUGCUGUUGUACAGUUAAAUUGCUUUUGAGUUACUUCUAAAAAUAUGAAGAAAAAUCUACUGUAACAGGGGUAUAGUGAGAGGGGAAUGGGAGGAGGGGGAGAACGCACAAAAGAGAUUUGUGAAAGUGCUAAAAUGUAUAAGGAAAAAUAUAAAAUUCAAUACUCUUUAGCUUUUUUUGUAAAAAGAAGUUUUAGUAAUAAUUGUACAGCAAUGUUUUAUAUGUGUAUUUAAAGUUUUCCACAUAAUAUCUAUAAUAAAAUCUGUCACAUUUAUAUUGAUU